UGGUGAUCUUUCACUCAGCCGCUCAGCCGCCAGGAGAUCUGUUGGUUCCUGGGAGGAGCUCCUCUGAAUCCUUGCAGAUUUCUAUGCUCUUGACGACCCAGAUCAGUGGAUUACAGUCAUUGAAAAGCUUCGGUGACUUCGGAAGAUUACUCUGUUUGGUGUGCGCUCACAUUGCCAGGCUAGGGGACUGAGCGGUGGAACCCCCUUGUUAGUUUUUUUAAAGAAGAUCAGAAAGGAAGACGGGGUAUGAAGUGUGGAUUAGAGGUCCUAAAUCUUUGCCUAGCACCUCGGUCUGGCUCUUUAUAAAUAGAUUGAGGAGCGCAAUGAAUUUAUGGGAUCAUGCAAAGUUUCCUUGAAGCUUCUUCUGGAGCCUAGCUUCCGGAUCCAGAAACUUCUCCAAAAACAGACCUGCUGUGCCAGGCGGUCUGAAUGGACCGGCAUCUCCGCUUGGAGAAGUUGCAGCUUCAUUUUCUGUUGAGAGGUUCAUCUCUUGGGUGACCUGGUGGCUUUUCGGCGAAUGAUGGAGAAACGUAAACCCGCCGGACUGCUGACCUUGCCGUACCAUCUGCACCCGGUGCCCCUGAGCCUGCCUGGGACGCUGCCCCGCCUUCCUCUGAGUGACCCGUUCACGGUCUCCUUGCAUCUGGACGCCGCGUGCUGCGCCCCGAGACGGCCCUACCUGCCCCUGCCGCUGGACGGCGCCUUCCAGCCCACCUUUCUCCACAAGCGCAACCUGCGCGAGCGGCAGCGGGUGCGCUGCGUGAACGAGGGGUACGCGCGCCUCCGAGACCACCUGCCCCGGGAGCUGGCUGGCAGGCGCCUCAGCAAAGUGGAGACCCUCCGCGCCGCCAUCAGCUACAUCAAGCACCUCCAGGAGCUGCUGGAGCGCCACGCGCGGGGGCAGGAGGGCCCCGCCGGCACCCCGCACAGGCCCGAAUGCAACAGCGAUGGCGAGUCCAAGGCCUCGUCAGCGCCUUCGCCCUGCAGCGAGCCCGAGGAGGGGGGCAGCUAGCGAGCGCCGGGACUCCUGGCCGCACCUCCGUGCCCGCUGCACGGCGCGCCUUUGCAGUCUGGUCUAAGGUUCUCUCCGAAGUUGGUGGCAUUUCUAAAAAAAUGUUCCUGGUUUUACUUCCAGGAAAAAAAAAAAAUCUUAGGAAUAAGAAAUUAGUGCUUGAGGGGGAAAAGAUAUUUUGACAUUCUGGUUUAUCUCCUCUUGUUGGUUUUGUGCCUGCAAUUCGAAGGUGCUCAUGAAAAGAAACUCUUCUGUACUUCUCAAAUGCAAACCAUACCAGAUUCUGAGCACCUUGUCCUGAAAACUCAAAAGGGAAUGCCAGUGGUAAUUUCCUACAGCCAGCUGUUUGGGUCAAGUCUGUACAAACUAUUGAAAUAAAUCCGCCGGUAACCAAAGAACUUUCCAAAAGUAAAUAAAUGACAGUUAUUAAGAUGAGAGGAAUGUUUUCUUGCAUUCCUUCCUUUGGGAAUUGCAUUCGAAAUUUAAUCGACUCCAUGCUGUGGGUGAAGGUGGUGACACCUGAGAAUACAUUUGUCAGAGCGCGCUGCUAGGCCAUGCUGUUGACUGAAUAUGUGAACAGUGGUGCGAGCGGAGACGUUCUGUAUUUGAUACGUCCCGUUUUAUCAAAAAGUGGCUUUUGAAAACUUCAUAGCAUUUAGCAGAUGACCUAUGUUAGUGUCCAUGAUCUCUUUGGAAGAGAACUCAGAUUUGUAUGAACACUUCCUUUCCCUCUCAGUUUCUGUGCGCUGUUCUUUUCAUUUCCGUCUUCUUUGCACCGCCCCUUGUAGUUCUCAUUCCAUCUAAUUUUGGCUACACUGAAGUGACAUUGUGACUUUGGGAAAAAAAAAGAAAAGAAAAGAAAAGAAAAUGCUUAGCUGGUUGAAUGGGAUGGACUGAAGUUGGUACAUUCUCAAAUUUCCACCACCACGAGGGCUUCCUGGUAUGUUGAAAUUAUCUAGUGACGUUGGCUUUUAAAAAUACUUAAUUCUGGUCAUUUUUUUCCCCCUGAGAAAAUUAUAAAUUCAGUAGAUAAGUCAAAAGCUUGUUUACCUAAGAAAUAAACUUCCUCUCUCUAAAGUUAUUUUCUAAUAUGCUGAAUUGCCCUUUAGACACAGGCAGCUUUGGUUUGAGGGUGGGGAGUGGGCCUAGGAAAUAGACAAAAAGACAAAACUGACAAUGGUGAGCCCUUUCAGGGAACUACUUCACUUAAUCCCCACACUGGCCUCAUAAAGUAGAUUUUAUUAGCCCCUUGUUACGGAUGUGUCAACUGAGGGAAGCUAAUAUUUAGUGAACAUCUUUUACAUGCCAGGAAUUCAGUUGUGUGCUUUCUACAUGUUGUCCUAUUUAAUUCUCAUAAAUCUGUGCGGUGUGUAUUACACAUAUUUUGUGGUUUUAAAGAAAGAAAAUGAAGAUCAAGGUUGUCUCCCUUGCCCAGGAUAGUGGUGCUAUGAUUCGUUGAGCUGAGAUCUAGUCCUUCCCUUGCUCCAAGCAAACAAUACUUGACCUGUGGAAUGCUAAAGCCAUGUUAAAAAGUAUAAUUACUAGUAUUUAUAACGGUGAGUUAAAAUGGCAUGCUAUUGUUCCCAGCUGCACAGAUAAAUGCUGUGCAAUGAUUCACAUCCACACUUCCCUUUUCCUUAAGGACAAGGGAGAGUCUUUUGGUUUGAAUGAACAAGAUGUAAGAGCUGUUUUCUCUUACCCAUCACUUAGUUACAGCCUGACACACUCCCACAAUAUAUUCAUUUUAGUCUCCAGGCGGGUUGUUAUUCCAUGUGAGGGUUUCAGUGAAGCAAGUCUAAGUGAAAUAUACUUACUAAUUAGGGAAGAAAAGGCAGGGGACAACCAUGUUUCCUUCCUGGUGAUCGGAGGAGAUGCUAAUUUCAUCAAGUCACUAAGAGCCUGGCUUUUUUAGGGGCCUUGGAUGGGCAGUAAUCACACUUUCCAUUCCUUUAUUCUGGUCCAGCCAUGGUGUAACACCUUAAAAGUUUUUGACACUUUCUAAAGUAGGAAUAGUAACAAUAAAAGAGUAUAUUUUGUUUCAUCUACACAGGCUAUGUGAUUGCUUUUUAAA